UGCCAUGACUUCAAGUCGACCAGGGAGAGAUCCCUGAAGAGGAGGCCUGAUCCACCCACCCUCUCCUCCCUUCAAUCUCAGUCCUUGCCCUGCCAGAAGUCCCAGAAAACAAAUAGGAUGUCCCCCCCCCCCCCGUCAAAAGCAGACAACGGAGAGGGCAGUCAGAAUUCUGGGGGGCCAUGUCCAAUGGGAAUAACGAAGAAACCAUUUAAAUUCAUGGAGUGUGAAAAAAGAGAGGAGAACCAAUUUGAAAGUAUGGAGUUUGGGAAGAGCUUCACUGACAGUGAAACACUUAGAAAACAUCAACAGACUCACACUGGGGAGAAACCAUUUAAAUGCAUGGUGUGUGGGAAAAGCUUUGGUUGGAGUUCAAACCUUCGUAUACAUAAACACACUCACACAGGGGAGAAACCAUAUAAAUGCAUGGAGUGUGGAAAGAGCUUCAGUCAGAUUGGACACCUUAGAAACCAUCAACGAACCCACACAGGGGAAAAACCAUAUCAAUGUAGGGAGUGUGGAAAGAGCUUCACUGAUAGUGGAACAUUUAGAAAACAUCAAUGGACCCACAUAGGCGAGAAACCAUUCAAAUGCAUGGAAUGUGUAAAGAGCUUCAGUAGCAGUGGAACACUUAGAAUCCAUCAACGGGUUCACACAGGGGAGAAACCAUUUAAAUGCAUGGAGUGUGGAAAGAGCUUCAGUCAGAGUAGAAACCUGAAAAUUCAUCAACAAACUCACACUGGGGAAAAACCAUAUAAAUGUAUUGAUUGUGGAAAGAGCUUCACUUAUAGUAGAGCACUAAGAAGACAUGAACGUACUCACACAGGGGAGAAACCAUUUGAAUGCAUGGAAUGUGGAAAGAGCUUUAUUGAUGGUUCAUCACUUAGUAUCCAUCAUCAAACUCACACAGGGGAAAAACCAUUUGAAUGUAUGGAGUGUGGAAAGGGCUUCAGUCAGAGUGGAGCACUAAGAAGACAUGAACGGACUCACACAGGGGAGAAACCAUUUAAAUGCAUGGAAUGUGGAAAGAGCUUUAUUGAUGGUUCAUCACUUAGUAUCCAUCAUCAAACUCACACAGGGGAAAAACCAUUUGAAUGUAUGGAGUGUGGAAAGAGCUUCAGUCAGAGUGAACACCUUAGAAUCCAUCAACGGACUCACACAGGAGAGAAACCAUUUAAUUGCAUGGAAUGUGGAAAGAGCUUCGCUGAUCGUGGAGCACUUAGAAUCCACCAUCGAAUUCACACAGGGGAAAAACCAUAUAAAUGUAUGGAGUGUGGAAAGAGCUUCACUGAUAGUGGAACAUUUAGAAAACAUCAACGGACCCACACGGGGGAGAAACCAUACAAAUGCAUGGAAUGUGGAAAGAGUUUUAUUGAUAGUAGAACACUUAAAAUUCAUCAACGGAGUCACACAGGGGAGAAACCAUUUCAAUGUAUGGAGUGUGGAAAGGGCUUCAGUGCGUGUGGAAGGCUUAGAAUUCAUCAACGGAUUCACACAGGGGAGAAACCAUUUAAAUGCAUGGAGUGUGGAAAGAGCUUUAAUCGUAGCUCAAACCUUAGAAGACAUCAACAGACUCACUUGGGGACAAGCAAAUAAAUGUAUGGAGUGUGGAAAGAGCUUCAAUAUAAGUGGAAACCUUAGCAAACAUCAGCGAACUCAAAAUGGGAAAACCACUUAUAUGGAGCGUAAUUAUAUGGAACGUAUAGCUUCAGCCCUGAUGUUCUUACAAAAAAUCAAUGGACUCACAAGUAGGAAAAGCUUUAAGAGUUGAAACCCUACAAUCCGCAAACUGAAAAAUCAUAAAUGCUUUGAAUCGAAGGAGUUUGGGAAGUGCUUCAAUUACUUUAUAUAUAUAUAUAUAAUUUUAUUUAUAUAUAAUUUUAUUCACAAAUUGUAUUCAAAAAUGGAAGCAUUCACUUCCGGGUUGUUGGUGUUCGAAAGCCCCUAACGUUUGACUUCCGAAGCAUUCGACAACCGAGAUUCCACUGGGUACCCAGCAAUAGUGUGUUUUCCAAUGAUAUCCAUUUUUUUAACCAACACAAAGAGGCUGCCUCACAGUAGAAAAUCUAGCAGUGCGAACCCAACUCUAUUUUUGUUGUUGUUGUUGUUGUUUAGUCGUGUCCAACUCUUCGUGACCCCAUGGACCAUAGCACGCCAGGCACUCCUGUCUUCCACUGCCUCCCGCAGUUUGGUCAAACUCAUGUUCGUAGCUUCGAGAACACUGUCCAACCAUCUUGUCCUCUGUCUCCCCUUCUCCUAGUGCCCUCAAUCUUUCCCAACAUCAAGGUCUUUUCCAAGGAUUCUUCUCUUCUCAUGAGGUGGCCAAAGUAUUGUUGGUACUCUAUUUUUAGUAUCUAUCAAAAAUUUAUACUUUAUCUCUGCCAUUUGUUAAAGCAGCUUGUAUUAUUUAUUAUUGGUAUCAUUUAGAAUAAAAACAGUAUCUUAGGUAAAACAUUCCUCUUUAUGGUUGAAAUCUUUUAUAAAAUCCUCCUCCCCUAUAUUUCCAAAUGCUUUUAAAUGUGUUUUUAUACCUUGACAUAAUUGGAAUAUGUUGUGAUUCGGUGUUUUUCAAAUAAACCCUUAUUUAGUCUCCAUCUAUACAAUGAACUCUUUUCACCCCUCAUUAUCACCCAUGUUGAGAUUUGAUCUGAUAUAGUUCUUGGUUGGAUCUCUACAGGCAGUUCCUUCAAUAUCCUGAUCAUGUUUCUUCUUCCCGCAGAAUCCUUUGAAUCAGAUGAACAUGUUUUGUUCUAAUGGGUGACUGAAUCUCCAAGCAUCUAGUACAUGGGUCAGCAAACUAAGGCCCGUGGGUCGGAUCAGGCACAAUUGCUUUCUAGAACUGGCCUGCAGACAGUCCAGGAAUCGCCGCGUGGAUUGCCAGCACACACAUUCUUUCCC